GGAAAGAUGGCACAAAAGUUGGAAGCUCAAGGUGGUCGUGGAGGAGAGGAAUGGGACGAUGGUGGUGUUUAUGAGAACGUCAAGAAAGUGUAUGUCGGUCAAGGUGAUUCCGGUGUGGUUUACGUCAAGUUUGAUUACGAGAAGGACGGCAAAAUCGUAUCACUCGAACAUGGGAAGAAGACACUUCUUGAUCCAGAGGAGUUUGAGCUUGAUCCUGAAGACUACAUUACAUCUGUGAAACUUUACUACGAGAAACUCUUUGGGACAUCAACAGAGAUAAUCACGGCUCUCAUCUUCAAAACAUUCAAAGGCAAAACUUCUCAUCCCUUUGGAUUAACUUCUGGAACAGAAUCUGAGUUAGGAGGCGGCAAGAUCGUUGGAUUCCAUGGAAGUGCGGGUGAUGCUAUUCAUUCUCUCGGAGCCUAUAUAAGUACUUCAUCAACAACGCCGGUGACUCCCCCAGGGUCGGGUGGUCCAACCAAAUUGGAAGCUCAAGGUGGUCGUGGAGGAGAGCUAUGGGACGAUGGUGGCGCUUACGAGAAUGUCAAGAAAGUGUAUGUUGGACAAGGUGGCUCUGGUGUGGUUUACGUCAAGUUUGAUUACGAGAAGGAUGGGAAAAUCGUAUCACUUGAACAUGGGAAGAAGACAUUACUUGAACCAGAGGAGUUUGAGCUUGAUCCUGAAGACUACAUUACAUCUGUGAAAGUAUACUACGAGAAACUCUUUGGAACACCAACAGAGAUCAUCACGGCUCUUAUCUUCAAGACAUUCAAGGGAAAAACUUCUCAGCCGUUUGGAAUGGCCUCUGGCCAAGAAGCUGAGCUAGGAGGCGGCAAGAUCGUUGGAUUCCAUGGAAGUGCGAGUGAUGUCAUCCAUUCUCUUGGAGCUUACGUAGCUCAAUCUUCCACACCGUUGACUCCUUCCAAUACUAUUCCAUCACAAGGUGGAGACGCUGGAGUUGUAUGGGACGAUGGUGUUCACGACGGUGUGAAGAAGAUAUAUGUGGGACAAGGUGAAUCUUGUGUGACUUAUUUCAAAGCUGACUAUGAAAAGGCUUCAAAGCCUGUCCUUGGAAGCGAUCACGGGAAGAAGUCAUUGCUUCAACCAGAAGAGUUUGUGCUUGAAGCUGGUGAGUAUGUCACGGCCGUGUCGGGGUACUAUGACAAGGUUUAUGGAGUUGAUGCGCCUGCGAUCAUGUCGCUUAAGUUCACAACAAACAAUAGAGAGUCUAUCCCGUUUGGACUCGAGUCAGGAACUAAAUUCGUGCUGGAGAAGAAAGACCACAAGAUCGUUGGGUUCCAUGGACAAGCUGGUGACUUUCUUUACAAAAUCGGAGUCAAAGUGGCGCCUAUAGCCAACUGA